AUGGAUUUGAUGGUCUGCAAGUACAAUAAGGGGCCACCACCACCAUGUAUGGGUUUGACAGAAAACCUGUUGAAUCUUAGCAUUCAAAGUUCGAAAUCUGACCUUCCAUUUCCGCUGCUUGGUCCACCAGAAAUUUACACCCCGGCCCCAGUUCCGGUUCCGGUUCCGGUCCCAGCCGUCAGUGACCCAUUCAUGGAUUUGAUGGUCUCCAAGUACAAUAAGGGGACACCACCACCUUGUAUGGGUUUGACAGAAAACCUCACCCCAACCUUCCUAUCCAGUGGAAAUCCAUGUCUAGAUUUCUUCUUCCAUGUGGUUCCUGAUACACCCUCGGAAUCGGUAACCAGCCGGUUGCAGUUAGCUUGGGACCAAGACCCUCUGACUGCUCUCAAACUUGUAUGCAACUUGAGAGGUGUUCGAGGCACCGGAAAAGCAGACAAAGAAGGAUUCUACGCUGCGGCCUUGUGGCUUCAUGGAAGUCACCCCAUGACACUAGCACACAACACCUCUUCCAUAGCUGAAUUCGGGUACUUCAAGGACUUGCCCGAAAUUCUAUACCGUCUGCUUGAAGGCUUGGACGCUCAUAAAAAGAAGAAUGGAAGGGUCAUGAAGAACUUCUUUUACAAAUUUAAAGAAGAAUUAUCAAAUGAGGAGAAAAGGAUUGCUGUGGGCAAGAGAAUUGUGGACAAGUACAACAACGAUCCAGUUUACCGAUUCUUACACGAUCAGAUAUCAAACACCUUCACAGAGAGACUGAAAUCUGAUUUACUUAAUCUGCAUAAGGGCAAUCUGAGAAAUAUCAGCUUUGCUGCAAAGUGGUGCCCCUCUCUUUAUUCCUUUUAUGAUCGAUACACCCUUCUAUGCGAAAGCAUAGCAAGGAGACUAUUCCCACGAGACCAUUAUCCAGAAUACCAAGGCAUAGAAGAUGCUCAUUAUGCUUAUAGAGUCCGAGAUCGUCUACGCAAAGAAGUGCUUGUGCCAUUACGGAAAGCUCUAAAGGUACUUGAGGUUUACAUGAGUGCACAAGAGUGGGGAGUGCUUCCUUACAACAGAGUCCCUUCUAUUGCCAUGAAAAACUACAAGGAGACGUUCAUGAAACGUGAUAAAGAGCGGUUUGAGGAGUAUCUGGGGAGUGUGAAGCGCGGGGACAGGAAGAUUGCUGCCGGGGCAUUGCUUCCUCACCAGAUCAUAGAAUCAGUGCGCAAAGGAGGAGAUGGCGCCAAAGUUGCAGAACUGCAAUGGCAGAGAAUUGUGGAAGAUCUCUCAGAAAAAGGGACGCUAAAAAACUGCCUUGCUAUAUGUGAUGUAUCAGGGAGCAUGACAUAUAGACUAACAAUUGGUAUCCCUACACCAUUGGAUGUAAGUGUGGCACUUGGACUAUUAGUUUCUGAUUUGAGUGAAGAACCCUGGAAAGGAAAGCUCAUUACUUUCAGUCGCAAUCCUCAGCUUCAGAUGAUUAAGGGAGAAAGUCUUGAAUCAAAGGUCAGUUCGAUAGAACGGAUGCAUUGGGAUUUGAAUACGGAUUUUCAGAGGGUUUUUGAUAAAAUCUUGGAAGUGGCAAAAGAAGGAAAACUUAGUGAGGAACAGAUGAUAAAAAGGCUAUUUGUGUUCAGUGACAUGGAAUUCGACUUGGCGUCCUGGAAUCCAUGGGAGACUGACUACGAAGCAAUAUGCCGGAAGUUUAAGGAGAGUGGGUACGGGUCGUGUGUGCCAGAGAUAGUGUUUUGGAAUCUGAGAGACUCCAGAGCCACUCCAGUGCCGAGCCAUCAGAAAGCGGUGGCACUUGUGAGCGGUUUCUCAAAGAAUCUACUCAAAGUGUUCUUGAAGGAAGAUGGGAUUUUGAACCCUGAGCACACCAUGGAAUCUGCCAUUGCUAGGGAUGAGUAUAACAAGCUUGUCGUCAUUGAUUGA